CCUCAGUAUCUGAAAACACACAUAAAUCUCAUCGGGCUGGAAUGGCAGCAUAUUACAAAGUAUGUAGACUCAUUGAUUGCACGCCAUGGCCCCCUACAUUAAACUCAGUCGUGCAAUUCGUUUUGCAUUCAUCAUCAUCCGGCCUCGCAUAUGGUACCGUGAGGUCAUACUUGUCUGCCAUUUCAUUUUAUUGUAAAUUGCAGAGUGUUCACGAUCCAACCCCAGAGUUCUUGGUUACAAAGUUAUUGCAGGGCAUGAAACGUUUGAGACAUAAAGUAGAUACUAGACUGCCAAUAACGAAAACAAUUUUGCUAAAUAUUAUUCAAGUUCUGCCCAUAAUAUGUACCAAUGCUUUUGAAACAGCUCUUUUCUCGGCUGCAUUUUCCCUGGCAUUUCAUGGAUUUUUAAGAGUUGGCGAAUUAACAGUUAAUACAAGAGAAGGUGAUCAACAAAACACAAUUCAAUUCGACAAUUUGUCCAUUAAUCACGAAACGCAAUCUCUCUUACUGACUAUCCGGUAUUCGAAAACGGACCAGUUAGGUAAAGGCACAGUACUUCAAAUAGAUAAGCAGGGUGGUGUAGCAUGUCCAUAUCAGCUCAUUACUAAAUACGUCAGCAUCCGUCCAGAGGGUUCAGGUACAUUAUUUCGACACUUCGAUUUAUCCCCACUCACACGAUAUCAAUUUACGGGGGUACUUUGUAAGGCAGUAAAGCACCUAAAUUUGCCUGGUAUCUCAGGAUACAAAUCUCACUCUUUUCGUAUCGGCGCGAGUACUGAUCUCGCGUUAAAAGGAUUUUCAACUCAUGACAUUCAGAGAUCUGGUCGUUGGAAAUCUGAUUCUUACAAAUCCUACAUUCGCAUACCAAAGUUUUAAUCUAAUUUUAGAUAUACAGACAAUAUGGUUGGUGGGUUCAUCAAUAAUCAAGCACGCCUUUUUGGAAGCUGUAUUAAGACCAGGUGGUACAAAUUUGACAUUAGAAAGAAAACACAUCUCACUGUGGUGGCAGGGUUAUAGUGGCCUCCAGUUAAGUAAAACUAAACAAAAGAUUAGAACUCUUGGAAAGGUGGGCCCUGUACCUAAUUUCAUCCUUAUACAUUGUGGGGGGAAUGACUUGGGCAAUGUAUCGAUCAGAAAAAUAAGGGUGGUUGCAAAGCAGUUGGUUUUAUUUCUAAGGAAUCACUUUCGAAACAGUAGGAUUAUAUGGUCAUUUAUACUUCCGCGUCUCCAAUGGCGCUAUUCAGCAAAUUUAAAAGCUAUGGAAAAUGCACGCAAACGGGUUAAUUCUGGUAUAGCUGCAAUUGUCUUGCAAUCUGGGGGCGCAAUAAUUCGCCAUUCAGACAUUAAACCUGAUCCAGCUUUAUUUUUACAGGAUGGGGUACACUUAUCCUCGUUGGGGAAUAACAUUUUUCUUAACUCUCUCCAGGGGGGACUUGAGGCUAUCGUUGCCCAUGGUCAAUCCUGCUUUCCCAAUUAG